UAUGGCCAUAGUGGCGGAUUUAUCAAUUGGAAGAGUUAUUUCUGAUUUUAUUGUUCUACUUUGUUUAGCUGUUCCUCUUUUGAUUUUUGAAUUGUUGGGCGAGCCAAAUAAACGUGGUUUUUAUUGUGAUGACGAAUCAAUUAGGUACCCAUACAGAACUUCUACUGUUAGUCGUCAGUUGCUUAUCGUUAUUGGGCUUCUCAUUCCUACUUGUCUGAUUUUCUUGACAGAAAUUCUCCGUACUUUGGUUUGGGAAAAACAAUCUGCCCAUCAAUUAUGUACUUUUAAAUAUAGAGCACAUAAUGUUCAUAGGAUGGUUGUUCGACUUUACGUUUUCAUGGGUUAUUUUCUACUUGGUGUUUGUUUUAAUCAACUAAUGGUGGACAUUGCAAAGUACACAAUCGGUCGCCAACGGCCGCACUUUAUGGAAAUUUGUUUGCCUAUUACUGAGGUAAAACUUAAUGGCAUCGGUGGAGAAAUUAGUAAAGUGUCCAAAGAUUUUCGAACAAAUUGUCCAUCUGAUGAGCAUACUUAUAUUACUGACUUCAAAUGUAGUGGGAAAGAAGUCGAUUUAAUUAAAGAAGCGCAACUAUCUUUUUAUUCAGGACAUUCCGCCUUUUCUUUUUAUGCAGCCUGGUACACAUCGCUUUAUUUACAAGCUCGUUGUUAUCGACCGUUAGGUAGUCAACUAGUUCUCCCAGCUGUCCAGUUCUUUCUUUUUUGUGGCGCUUCUUUCGUUGCUUAUAGCAGGGUGAGUGAUUACAAACAUCACUGGUCAGAUGUCCUUGUUGGUGUACUUAUCGGUUCUGCAAUUGGCAUAAUUAAUGCUUUAUUUAUUGCUGAAGUUUUUCAACGCCGUGAAGUACCAGAAGAGUUUGUUCAUAAAAGACGACUUAUUGGCAAAUAUGCAUUCAGACAAAAUGAUGUUGAAUUGGGUAAUAUGAUAGAGCAACGUCCAACCGACCUUAAAUCUUCUGAAAUGGACAAACAACUACCGCAGCGUAUUCAUAAUGUACCAAUUAGAGUUAUUUCAUCUAAUGAAGGAAAUGGGAUAUAAGUGUUUGAAUCUUGAUAUUGACUUACCUAUUUUACAAGUUUAUAUAUAUAUUGCUUGCCGUUUUAAUUUACCCAUUAUUGCUUAUGAAAAAAGUAACUUUAUUUUUUUAUUAACGUAUUUUGUUUCUACCUUGUUAACCAUUUUUCGAGGGGCUCAGAUAUGUGCGGAUUUUUCCUCCUUUGUGGUUUUUUAUAGGAUUAUUUUUAAAAAUGCUGAUUUUUGUGGUCCUUUGAAGAUUGAGGAUUUUUUAUAUUUUCUUUUAAUUUUUAGUAUA